ACGUUGUAUUACGCGAACCGCAAACAGGAAGUGCGUGCAACAGCGUGCUGCGUGACUAAACGAAAUAUACACAUGUUGCUGGUCUGAAGAUUUAUCUGCCAAGCUACGAAAACGCCGAAAGCACGGUGACAGCAACAUGGCACCUACAGAUUUGAAAAAUUUGGUCAGAAGAUUUUAUGUACUUCAAGCUGAGCGUGUGGAGGCAUACAAGCUAUUUGAGGAGGGUCAUGAGGCGUAUUUAAGGACAGGGCCCCACUAUGACUUCGAGCACUACAAACAGCUGGUACAUGAGAUAACGAAAGCAUUCUGCGGCAUUUCCAAAGAGGUUCUGCAGAUUAAAGAGCAACUGCACCAAGACUUCGACCGGCCCGACCUCUCCGAACACAUUGACAAAAUGCAGAUUAAAGAGAAGGAGAAACUAGAGCUGACAGCUAAGUUACAGUUGGCCAAGCAGAAUGCCCAGGAUCACCCAGAAGAUGAGGAUUUCCAAGAGAAAGUCCGUGAGAUCAAACAGGAUAUCAUAAAGAAUUCAGCAGCUUUGAGUGAGAUUCUGCAAGACUUCAAGUACGACUCCGAGGAGCCGGAGUGAGAUUCAGUCAGUCUCAGGAGACAGAGAUGGAUUCAGAUCCUCUAUGAACUUUCCUUUCUAAUGAAGAGUCAUCUGAAGUAUUGAUCGCUGUCUCAGGCGUUGCAUAGACAGAGUGCAUUGCUGCUGCUGCUGAUGCACGCUUUGCAAUGCAUAUUUUUAUUGAAGAGAGUCUGGCAUUUUUUAUUUCAUUAUUUUUUAUA